UUAAAAGCGAAGAAAAGAUUCGAAAAAGAGAUGGACCAGAACGGCGGUUUAUUCGGACGUCAGCAGCACUAACUUAGAAGGAGAAAGGCUUUGUCUUCUUCCUUCUCCUAUUCCUCUUCCUCCUCCUCCUCCUCCAAUUUUACUGACGCGUUUCGGUUUUUUUUUUUGCUUCUGUUUCUCUUCAUCUAACCAUUACACACGCCUCUCUCUCUCUCUCUCUCUAGAAGUUUAAAGUCUUUCCUUUUGCGUUUCAUUUGGUUUUGAAUUUUCUCACCCACGAUUUUUCUUCGUAAGGAAAGUUCUUGAUUUUUCUCUUCGUGUUCAAGGGUUUUGAAUAUUUUUCUCCGAAUUACUAGUAUCACUCAUCUGAUUCUUGGCAUCGUUCCUCGUGAUUUCUCAACAUAUAUAUUUUUGUUUGUUUGAAAGUUUUGAACUUGGAGAUUCCGUUCCUCUUGAUCAUCAUCUUUUUAAUUCGAUUCGAGUCUCUAGGGUUUCUGUUUCUAGGAUUCUCCAUCUUAUUUAGGAAUGAGGAAGCCAAAGUUAUCGAAACUCGAUAGGUUGGAGAAAUUCGACAUGUUCGUCUCUCUCAGCAAGCAGAGAUCGGUUCAGAUGCUAAUGGCGGUUGGGUUACUCUACAUGCUCCUCAUCACAUUCGAAAUCCCCUUCGUCUUCAAAACCGGGCUCAGUUCCCUGUCUCAGGACCCGUUAACCCGACCCGAGAAGCACAAUAGCCAGCGAGAAUUGCAAGAGAGGCGAGCUCCGAGUCGACCCUUAAAGAGCUUGCUUUUCCAGGAAUCAGAAUCGGAAGCACCGGCUCAGGGUUUAAGAAGGAGGACCCAGAUCCUGUCUAGCUUGAAAUUCGACCCGGAAACAUUCAACCCGGGUAGCAAAGAUGGGUCGGUGGAGCUCCACAAAUCCGCUAAGGUAGCUUGGGAGGUUGGUCGAAAGCUAUGGGAAGAGCUAGAGUCUGGGAAAACCCUGAAAUCCUUGGAGAAGGAGAAGAAGAAGAAGACUGAGGAACAUGGGUCAAGCUCCUGCCCUCUCUCGGUUUCCUUAACCGGGUCUGAUCUUUCGAACCGUGCGAACCUCAUGGAGCUUCCAUGCGGAUUAACUCUCGGAUCACACAUUACAGUGGUUGGGAAGCCACGAGCUGCUCACUCGGAGAAGGACCCGAAGAUAUCGAUGUUAAAGGAAGGAGAUGAAGCUGUCAAGGUUUCACAGUUUAAGUUGGAGCUUCAGGGCUUGAAAGCAGUGGAAGGAGAGGAGCCACCUCGGAUCCUCCACUUGAAUCCGAGGCUUAAGGGUGAUUGGAGUGGUAAGCCUGUGAUUGAGCAGAACACUUGUUACAGAAUGCAAUGGGGAUCGGCACAAAGAUGUGAAGGAUGGAGAUCUAGGGACGAUGAAGAAACUGUUGAUGGUCAGGUUAAGUGCGAGAAAUGGGCUCGAGAUGAUAGCAUUACAUCUAAAGAAGAGUCUAGCAAGGCGGAGACUUGGUGGCUUAGUCGAUUAAUAGGUCGGAGCAAGAAAGUAACUGUUGAGUGGCCAUUUCCGUUCACAGUUGACAAGCUUUUCGUGCUUACCCUUAGUGCUGGAUUGGAAGGUUAUCAUGUUAGUGUCGAUGGGAAGCACAUCACUUCCUUCCCUUACCGAACUGGAUUUACGCUUGAGGAUGGUACUGGCUUAACCAUUAACGGGGACAUAGAUGUUCAUUCGGUGUUUGCUGGCUCUCUCCCGACCUCGCACCCUAGUUUUUCUCCUCAGAGGUAUCUUGAGCUCUCGAGCAAUUGGCAAGCCCCAUCACUUCAUGAGGAGCAAGUUGAUAUGUUCAUUGGCAUCCUCUCUGCUGGUAACCAUUUUGCUGAACGGAUGGCUGUGAGGAAGUCGUGGAUGCAACAUAAACUAGUUAAAUCUUCUAAAGUAGUGGCUCGCUUCUUUGUUGCGCUGCACUCGAGGAAGGAAGUGAAUGUGGAGCUAAAGAAGGAGGCUGAAUUCAUUGGGGACAUAGUUAUAGUCCCUUACAUGGACAGUUAUGACCUUGUUGUCCUCAAAACAGUAGCAAUCUGCGAGUACGGGGCUCAUCAGCUAGCUGCUAAAUUCAUCAUGAAGUGUGAUGAUGACACAUUUGUACGAGUCGAUGCCGUUCUAAGGGAAGCUAAGAAAACACCUGCGGAUACAAGUCUAUACAUUGGCAACAUCAAUUAUUAUCACAAACCGCUCCGCCAGGGUAAAUGGGCUGUUACAUACGAGGAAUGGCCAGAGGAAGACUAUCCACCUUAUGCUAAUGGCCCGGGGUACAUAUUAUCAAACGAUAUCUCUCGCUUCAUCGUAAAAGAGUUUGAGAGACACAAAUUAAGGAUGUUCAAAAUGGAAGAUGUGAGUGUGGGAAUGUGGGUAGAACAGUUCAACAACGGGACCAAACCGGUGGAUUACAUUCACAGCCUCAAGUUUUGUCAGUUUGGUUGCAUAGAGAAUUACUUGACGGCGCAUUAUCAGUCGCCGAGACAGAUGAUUUGCUUGUGGGAUAAGUUGGUUUUGACAGGGAAACCUCAGUGCUGCAACAUGAGAUGACACAAACCAAAACACUCUGUUUCUCUUUGGUUUGGAAGAAAUUCGAAGAGCGUUUUUUUUUUCGGUAGCAUUUUAUAGCAGAUAACUUUGGUUGUAGUAUACUAGACUACUAAUUGAAAAUUCAACAAGGAAAGAAAAUCUUUUUUUUCUU